GGGGCAUUCACCUGGCGUUUAAUUCGAUUAGAGAAUUGCGAAAUGGCGUAUUCGAAAACGUUUCACUCUUAACACUUGACAUGAGUUGGAACAAGAUAGUUUAUAUCGAUAAAGAUGCAUUGGAUGGGAUUAAAGGUCUUCGGUACCUUAAUCUAAGUAGAAAUUCCUUGAUGACGGUGCCAAUGAGUAAUUUCCCAUCAAGUUUAACAAACCUUAAUUUAUCAUAUAAUUUGUUGGACCGAAUGCUGCUAAAUUCAAACAGGUUUUCUAAUUUGACCGUUCUGGAUUUUAGUUACAAUUUUAUAAGCAAGGUUGCAAUUUCAUACAGCUAUCCGUUGCAGGAAGUCGAUUUGACUAACAACAACCUGCGUGCAUUUGAUUUCGUCGACGUAGUAUUUGUGGAAUUGCUUAAAAUCGCGUCGAACAAGUUCGUCAACGUUCCCGAACAUCUGCUUUAUUUAAACGCUCGUAAACUGGAUAUAUAUCCUAAUCCGUGGAAAUGCGAUGAACUUAGAAAUGCCUGGCGGCAUUUUUAUCGUAACGGUGUUAAUGUGAUCAACAAAAGUAACUUGAAAUACUGCGUGGAGACCAAUCAGCAUUUAUACGAUCAGGCUGAUAAAUCUAAGUUAGAUUGCUAUCGAUGUUCCGAAGAUUCGGAUUGUCCCACCUGGAUGGCCUGUAGAGGCGGAAGCUGUUGGAAUCCGUGUGAAGAUCGCCACCUUUGCGAUGCUAGCAGUAUUUGCUACGCAAGCAAUCAUACAUUUGAAUGUAAUUGCCCAGCGAAUCAGCUAAGAAAUCCAAUGGACAUUUACUCGCAAUGUGACCGUGUAGAAUGUUACGAUCAGAGUAAUUGUAAUGCCGAUCAAGUUUGCAGCAACAACAAGUGCUCUGAGGGUAUUAUCAGUCAUUCUCAUCCCUUACAGCCUGCUUCACCAAUAGAGCCGUCAGAAGAAAAAGAAGAGCCUUGGUGGUUUGAGGAAAUUCCUAAAGUGCAGCCUCAAUUUGACGGGUCCCCUAAAGCGAAUAUCUCAAUGAGUAUUCAUUGAAGAAAGCCUUCCAUGACUUUGUGCGUUGUUUGGGGAACCGACAACCCUCCAGAAGUCGUCAAUCCCGUUCAGCUUUGCGUCCAAGACAGGCAGGAAAACGGUAGACGCGGAAAUCGA